CUUAACCUUUUUAACUUCGUUAAGCACAGAUAUUACCCAGUCUCCCUUACCCACUAGUAAUGGCGGGAUUCUACACUUGUAAUGGCAGGUUCUUGCAUGGACUGCUAUAGCUGAAAGCCGUUUCAUCUUCGAGUAGAUAAGAACUCGUACUGGUACGGCUAAUUGAGUUUUUCUGUACUGUUAACAUCAGAAUGAGGUGGGAGAAGUUAGAGGUUAGCCAGAGAUUGACAGGAACUCCUCCGGAACAGAGUAGAUCUGUGGGUCUCCCGGUUGAGUUCGUCGGGCCCGGAAGAAGAUGGGGACAUUCAUGCAAUGCUAUUCAUGGAGGGAAACUGCUCUAUAUUUUCGGUGGUUACGGUCCGGAUACCUGCCAGACCAACGAGGUUCACAUUUUUGAUACCGUUAAGCAGAUAUGGAUUAAGCCUACGAUGAGAGGCAUCCCCCCAUCUCCAAGGGACAGUCACAGUUGUACCACCGUUGGGAACAACCUGUUUAUAUUUGGAGGUACAGAUGGGAAGAAUCCGCUCAAGGAUUUGUUCAUCCUAGAUACUUCUACCAAUACAUGGAUGUGUCCGAGAUUAAAUGGAGAAGGACCACCACCACGGGAAGGACAUAGUGCGGCCCUUGUUGGGAAACGACUCUUCAUAUUUGGAGGCUGUGGCAAAUCGUGGCAGAGUUCAUACGAAGUAUAUUAUAAUGAUCUCUACAUAUUGGAUACAGAGAAUUUAGUAUGGCAAAAGGCUGCAACAUCUGGAAAUUCUCCUUCUGCACGUGAUAGUCAUACUUGUUCAUCUUGGAAGAAUAAAAUAAUAGUUAUUGGUGGUGAAGAUUCAUCUGACUAUUAUUUGUCUGAUGUCCAUCUCCUUGAUACAGAUACUCUUGUUUGGAGAGAACUAAGCACUUCAGGCCAUAUGUUACCUCCUCGUGCCGGCCAUUCGACUGUUGCUCUUGGAAGAAACUUGUUUGUUUUUGGAGGAUUUACUGACGCCCGAAAUUUAUAUGAUGACCUUCAUAUGGUUAAUGUGGAUACUGGGGUUUGGACCAAUGUGAUGGCUGCCGGCGUGGGGCCUACUGCCAGAUUUUCUGUUGCUGGAGAUUGUUUGGAUCCACAAAAGGGUAUUCUUGUGUUUAUAGGUGGUUGCAAUCAGGAUCUCGAGGCCCUGGAUGAUAUUUAUUAUUUACACACAGAAAUUUCAAUGGAAAAUGGGCGAAAUGGACAGAAGCAAGAGAAGCUCUCUCUCAAGAAAGAAUUGAAAAGGAAGUGUCAAGAACAUCUUCCAAUAAGCCAACCAACUAAUGAUAAAGACGUUUCUCAAUAUGGGACAAUGCCUGAUCUGCACCGACCCAUGCCUGUACCAAUGCCGAUCCCAAUGCAAUUGCAAGCACCGGUGCCAAUUUAUGGUCAAGCAAGCAAACAUAAUCUUUCGUCCGAUGAAUUAGAGUCUUCUCAAGAGAAGAUAUUUGAAGCCAAGGUUACUGAAACUUUCUGCUAUGGAUAUAAAAUUGAAACUAUUAUUGAUGGGAAGCUGCUUCGAGGGUUAAUAUUCUCUUACCCACCAAGCUUUUCCCAAGUAGCUGAUGACUACCAGAGUAGGAAAAGGAUGGCCUUGGAGACUGGUGGUGCUAAGUUGAGUGAUGGCUAUGUAAUCAAACAGGAAGCAGUAUAUUGCAGGCCCGGCAAUGAUGUCCAUCAGGUACAUAAAAAUUCAGAAACAUCAAAGGCAACUCUUUCAAACGUGAAAGAAGGUGACAAAAAUCAUCCAUUGAAUCGAGACUAAGUUGGCAAGGCAGCCGGGCAGCAU